AUGACAAAAAGGGACGCCAAGGCACCUACUUUCGUCAUGAUCACUUCAAAUCAGCUCCAUCUUCAGUUCAACCACCAGUGUAUUAAUUCUACCGUCCAUUCAUUCCAUCUCAUCAACAUCUUCACCAUCAAAUUCGUUUUUACAUCAUGACUCCGUCUCCAAUAGGAAUUUUCAAUGUUCGCCACAAAUUUUGGAUUAACAAAGGUAUUUCUUUGACCUGGAGAUUAUUCAUGACAUCAAUAUCGUGUUGGGAGUGAUCGAAGAACCAAUGAAUAUCUGAAAUGAAGCAUUUAGAAGACCGAUACAAGGAAACCAGAAAUUUUAGACGUUUUCGCCCAUUUGACCCCCGGACUCACCUUAUUUUAGCUCAAUUUGAACAUCAACAUACCAAUCUGACCAUUUUCAUCUCCAUGAAUCCAAUCCAGCUCCCGUUUCCAUGAUUUUCACGUCUAAAUGGCCCCAAAUCACCCACAACUUGUCCACCUGCACCUGAUCUUCACCAAUCGAGUACCAAUCAUAAUCUUGGUUCGGUCCACCACCUUAAAUUUGGUUCCAUCUCAGCUUCUGGAGUCCUUUUGAAGGAUUCCCCCGUUCCACGUUGUCGUUUGAUCCGAUCUUCGGGUCAUUCAGUGUUCUUGGCUUUCGAGCCGCUGUGCUGUCGCCUUCCUGAUCACCACUAAUGAAUACGCUUUCCGGUCGCCAUCAACGAAAAAAAUCAGCUCGGGGUUCUUGUCGGUUUUGUCACUGGACUUCAAUGUGGAUCGAUUUUCAACAUCUGUGGAAUGUUUUCUGGAGAAAUCACAAAUUGUUCGCAGGACUUUAAUUCAAAUGUGGAGUUUUCGUUCAACGUGGAUUUCACCUUCAAGAUUUUGGAUCGUCAUCAUCUGGAUCUCCGCCUAAACGCAAAAAAAGCAUUACUUUAGACAUACGAAAAAUUUUUAUGUGGGAAAGUUGAGAGAAUAUGAGAAAAUAGAGACCUUAGUAAUAGUAUUAGAAUUUUUGGCCAUACUUUUUCAAUUCUUAGACUAAUUUUGAUGAUUUUAGUGUCUCCCAACACCGUCGGCCAGGCCUCCGGCCACGGCUCGUGCCAUCCAACCGAGCCUCAAGUCCAUACCGUGCAGGCCGAAGUUUUGCCGGCGGUCAUGGCCCCUCCUCUGGUUCGCCAACAUCAAACCGGCGUCCCGGAGGAGGGUAAAGAGGGGCCAAGCUCAACACUUGGCCUCUCUGGCUUCGGCCAAAACCCCGCCCCAACCGUUCAGGCCGAGCACCUGCCGGCGGUUGCGGGCACGGAGAGAUCGAGCUCACCACUCGAUCUCUCCGCCCCCAGCGCGUUGAUGCACACGCCCGUCUACAGCCCAGGGCACUCAACGCUGCAUGGGGUCCCCUCAAUAAAAUCAAUGGAAGUCUUCGAUGAGGGGGAAGACUGGGCUGUGGACGAGCCGGUCGAAGCCAGAAUGAAGCGGCUCGAAGAUGAACGAAAACUCUGGAAGGACGAAUGCCGGAGGAUGUGGCUGAGGCAGGCCACCUUGGAGAAGAAUCUCAGCUACUAUGAAGGAGCAAUUGAAGAGGCUCAACAUGAAUUGAAGAAGGCUAAAGAUGAAGCCGCCGCCGCUAUCAAAAAAGCGGAAGAAGAAGCCGAAUCCAAGGUCAACGAGAUCCAACGGAAAUAUUUUGGGGCGCUAACCGAGGCGGACCGUGCUCAGAGGAAGCAAAGGGAGACGGAAGCAGAAGUCGUCCGUCUCCAACAACGGCUGAUGGAUAAUUUGAAGAAGGCCGCUCCUCGGUCGCCAAGAAAGGACCGUUCCAGAAGUCCAACCACGGCGCGACCACCAACGCCCGAAGCUCAACCUGAAGUUACGCCGCCGAUGCCUGAAGCCCAACCACAAAACGAACCAGAACCUGAGCAACAGUCCAUCGACGUACCGGUAGAAGAACAGCACGAGGCCCCAGGGCCGGUCCGAAGAAGAAUGCCGAAAUGCCGAAGAAGAUGCUGCUACCAGCCGCCGCCUGCCCCUCAAGUUCCUCGGCCUCCGCGAAGAUCAAGGGAAGUCGAAAAACUCGGGCCAAUAAUCGAAGCGGUGGUCUUUGAAGAACGGCCCAGAAGAAGCCGUCAGCCCCCGGCAAGGCUUAUGGUGGACAUGGUUCGAAGGUCGUACACCACAAUGAGGAAUUCCUUGUUGCCCCGUAAGUUUAUUGGCUCUUGUUUUUUAUUUUUCAAGCCAAAACCCUCUAGAAAUAAACCAAAAUAAGGUGUUUUUUGAAGAAAAAAAACAUUAUCCAUACAUAAUUCUCAAUAAUAUCUUUUUUUAGGAAGAAGAACCCAAGUUCCGGCAAAUCCCGUGCCUUGGAACCUUGGAUAAGGUGGAGACACAUAAAGUAAGAUCUUUUGGGAACUGUUUGACCUUGACUUAGGCUAAAGUAAUAUAAUUUUUUACUCUAUUUUCAGAUGAAGGCCAGUCAGACCGAAGCGGAGAAGUGGAUACGGCACCCUUGCCCCCUGAAUCAGCCCGGGGGGCAUCUGGAAUAAAAAAAGGGUGCCACAUCCACUUUUUAUGGUCAAUAUUUGGUCAUUUUGGACUAAAAUAAGGUAAGUUAUCGUGUUGAAUUUAUAUGUUUGCCUUUUUUUCAGAAUUCCCUAAAAAGGAUGAACUGGGAAGGUGGAGCACCCUUGCCCCCCGAAUCAGCCCGGGGGGCCGCUGGAAUUUCAUGGGUGCUCACCUUUUUUCCGGUCACUGGCGCGUCGAACCGGAGCACCCAGGCCCUCCGCUUCAUGCGGGGGGCCCUCUGGAUAACUUUACGGGUGCUCGGCUAGACCAAUAAGGUAAGAUUUCCUUCUGUUUUCCGGAAAUUUUUGACUUUUUUUUGGGCUAAAGUAAUAUAAUUUUCCCACUUUCAGUUCAAGGCCAGUCCAGACCGAAGUGGACCUGGAACCCUCGCCCCCUGAAUUAGUCCGGGGGGCCUCAGUGAACCAAUCAAUGAAAUUGAGGUAAGCAAGAUUUAUAUUCGUCUCCUUCGAAGUUUAGGAGUCAUGCUUAGGAAUUUCGGGAUAAUCAGCUGCACGCCGGUAAGAUAUAUCCAUCUUACACAACGUUACACAACCUAUUAACGUUGUAUAACGUAUGUUAUGUCGCAAUAGUUCCAUGUCCCAACGAGACUUGGAACUAAAAUCGAAACGUUUUUCGAUAAAUUGUUACCUAAAUUAAUAUAAAAGUAUUCUGGAGGCAGAAGGGCAACAAUUUAUGAACUUAUGCCGUCGAGAAUACUAAAAUACGCUCAGAAAAGUGGCUUCUAACCCGAACAGAUGUAUUAUGGACUCAAAAUGUGGUAAAUAUUGCCAAAAUAAAUCAAAUCCCUAAAAAUUUAGCUAAAAACGAUAUUUUUCGGAGCGAAGUAGAGAAAAAAUUUGCGCUGACCUGCAGAAAGGUCUCGUAAACAAAUAUGAUUAAGCCCUUCCCCAAAAUUUGGACUAAAAUGCCGUUUUUGCGUCGAUUCUCCAUCACAUUUUCGAUACCUAAAUUUCGAAGAACGAAAAAACAUAAAAACACUUACGUAUAUCCAAGAGAUGCAUUUCAUCACCUAAAGUAACCUAUUCUCCAACUUCAGAAGCCAUCCUCUUACUUUUACAUCUUCUGCAAAACGGUUCACGCCCGUUUCUGCAAAUUUAUUUUGCAUCUGUGCGCAAAGUUUUUCCUGAUGCAGAAUGCCAACCAUUUCUACCAACCAAAAAAGUUCGUUUCGGGGUGCAGCUGAUGUUUUACUUGACAUGAAGACUGUUCUAAAAGUGCGAUAAAUUCGAUCCCGCUUUGUAUUCCUUCGUUUUUUGCGUUUUUUCUUGUUCUGACAUAACAUUAUCUCUUCUUUUUCAGACUCUUACACACGAGCUCAAUUGCCCACCAGAUCAAAACCACUGAGGAGUCCGAGCGGCAGCGUAUUCAUGGUCAAAGCCUUGAAAAUGAAGUAAGCUUAUGUUUCUUUUGUUUUUUGUUUGCGGUUUAGAUCAAUAUUUGGCAGAAUUUUGGAUCGGGAGGGAAUGGUCAGACUUGAUUUUUAUACCUAUUUUUGAAUCAGAUUUCAUUGUCAGAAAAAUCUGUGUCUAUUAUUGACAGGGAGUGGAGUAUUUUCACAAAAAAACAAUUUUUUCCCACUGAAAUUCGCGAAGACAUGGAGGAAAACACGUUUUUUUGUGUUGCCGCUCUCCUCAUUUCCCGUUCUCGCUCGCCGGAAAGAUUGCGUAAUAUCUCGGGUGCGAAUGCAAAGCAAAAGCUAAAAUUUUCAAGGAAGGAUUUGUGGAUCAUCUAAAGAAUAUGUGCUAAAUUUGGGGAAAAUUGAAGGAAAAAAUUUUUUGGGUUUAGUAGAGGUCAAGUAUAAGGUUGAAAGUCUAAUUUUUUGAUAUUUUUUGGCUGAACUCAGAGGUUUUCUCGUGUGUAGAUGAUGUGUCAGAGAGUGUAAUUGAAUAAUUUCAGCAAUGGCUACUUGAAUUCGACGGAUUUGGGACGAAUUGCGGCACUUUUUUUUUAUUACAAUUGAGUCGAUCGAGACCUUCACGAAUGGACAUGAAGCUGUCAGACUGACCCCGAACAUGACUGAAGAUCAUAUUUUGGCCCUAAUCUGCUCUUCCUCGGAAUUCGCACAAAUUCAGGUGAUUUUUUUUGGAUUUUUUUUUAUUUUUUGGAGGUGAUAUUGAUUUAGAUGAUUUUUUUUUUAUUUUUUUGUGAGUUUGACGUUAUUUGUUGGAAUUUCAGUGUCGCGAAACCGAAAUGGCCGACCUGGACAUGCUCAUGUCGGGAUGCAUGCUCCCCUUGAGAGGCGGUGGACUGGCUACGUCGCAAGGAAAAGUCAAUUGUCUACUUCAGGUAGGCGGUUUUUGAUUUUGAAAGAAAAAAUGUUGAACGAUUUAAUUGAUUAAUUUUUUUCAAAGCUCAAAAAAUUUUUUAUAAGGAAAGUACUUUUUUUGGGUAUGGAGUUACAGGUCGAGACAUAUAUCAAAAAAUUGCAAAAUUUUUCUGAUUCAGAAUAAGUAAAAAUUAGCUGCCCAAUUUUGGUUUGUAACGGCGAAAAAACCCUCAAAACUUUUCUCCCAACACCAUGCCUUUUUGACCAAGUUUUUACCAAUUCAAAAGCUUUGUUUUGAGCUAAAGUGGUGGGCCUGAUCCAGUGGCAAAAAACGUACCAUUUUGCAUUCAGUAAGUAUUAAAAAAUGUGGCAAAAUACCUCCCUCUACAAGUGGAAAAACUUCGUUUUGAAGGCCCCUCACAAAAAGAGCGGGCGCGCAUUUGAAAUGUGAGUUUUUUUCACUUGUAGAGGGAGGUAUUUUGCAACAUUUUUAAAUACUUCCAGUAUGCAAAAUGGUGGGUUUUUCCCACUGGAUCAGGUCCGCCAAUGUAGGUAAAGCCUGGCAUCUUUGACUGUUUUAAGAUUUGUAAAGAUGCCAGGAUUUGUUUUAGCCCAAAACAAAGCUUUUAAAUUGGUAAAAACUUGGUUAAAACGGCAUUUGCGUGGUGUUGGGAGAAAAGUUCUGAGCUUUCGCCCUUACAAACCAAAAUUGGGCAGCUAAUUUUUACAUAUUCUGAAUCAGAGAAAUUUUGCGGUUUUUUGAUAUGUGCCUCGACCUGUAACUCCAUACUCCAUAAAAGUACUUUCCUUGUAAAAAAAUUUUUUCGAGCUUUGUAAAAUCUUAAUUAAUUAAUUUUUAAAAAAUUUCACUUUGGUUUUUUUACGAUUUUUUUUUCAGAAUUACAUCUCCCGCGCCGAGCCGACCAGCUUCACGCUGCAAUCGGAGAUGUUCUACAUCUCGCAAAACGCCUCCCGCGUGGCCCGCGCCCUGUUCGAGAUCACGCUGCGCAAGAAUUGGGCCUUCACCGCCGUCCAGUGCCUCGAAUUCUCGAAAUGCAUCAACCGCCGCCUCUGGAACUUCAACAGCCCGUUGCGCCAGGUGGUCGACGUGUGACUGCUGAAGGACUUGGUGUCCGAAAAAUCGAAGCCAAACGAAACCUCGGCUUCCUGGACCUCCUGGAUUACGACGAGAAGGAGCUGGGCGCGCAGUUCAACUGUGACGGACGGAUCUUGUACGACUGCUUGAGGUACAUCCCGUCCUUGGAUGUGGAAGCAACCAUCAAACCCCAAUCACCCCGUAGGUUUUGAAGUGGGGUUUUUUUACAGAGAAAGGUCGAUUUGCCUGGAACUUUUGGGCAAAAUAGGGAUUUUGGGAUAUGUUGGGGGGUUUUUUGGGCAAUGUGGAGAAUUUUUUGGACAAGGAGAGAGUUUUUUGAGCAAAAUGGUUGUUUUGGGACAGGUUGGGGUUUUUUUGGCAGAAUGGGAAUUUUGGGCAAGAUAUAUUUUUUUGGGCAAGGUGGAAUUUUUUGAACAAGGUGAAAUGUUUCGGGGAAAGUUGAUUUUUUUGGGCCAAAUGGGAAUUUUCGAGCAGAAUGGGAAUUUUGGGCAAGAUGAGAACUUUUCAGCAGAUUUAAAUUUUUUGUUCGAAAUGGAUUUUUUACUGGAUGUAAAUUUUUGGGCAUUUUUUUUUGCAACUUUGGAUUUUUUGUACUGGUUGACAUUUUUUGGACAACUUCCUAAUCUUGACUAUGGGGGAAAAACUUCCGGAAAGCGGCCCACUCUGAAAAAAUUGUUAAGGGGUUGAGAGAUAUUUUUAUAGUGUUGUCACUGGUGUUUUUGCGUGUUAAUUUUUUAUUUUUCAGAGGUCCUCUCUCGAUACCCACCACCGAAAGGAUGA